UCUGCGAAGAUCACGGGAACUGUAUAUACGCGGAAUUUGACAGCGCGCUCCAGUGUUAUCUUACAAUCCCUCCUCCCUGCGUAUGCAGUGUAUCGUGUGUCAAACUGUUGACAUUGAAGAUAUACCGCGAAGUGUUGCCGCCCUCGUCGCAGCGUCGUUGCAGCCGUACGUUUACCGAUGUUGAAAUGAAGCAGAAGCGCGUCAUGUAUGGCGACGCGCGGAAACUGUGUGAAAGACAAAUGCAAUUGGCCCCGUACGGGCCGUGUCUCACGUUGGACUAACGAUCAAUGGCUUUAUUCGAGAAGAAAUAUACGAAUAAAGUGCUGUUAGAUGAUACGGAGCAGUUGACCAGUGUCAUCGAAAAUGCGAGGACCAUCGACGGACAUACGGAAUACGUAAUCAAAACACAGAGAGGUCCCCUUCCUGAAAAAUCCUGGAGAGUAAGCAGACGUUACAAUGAUUUCGUACAGCUCAAUACAGCUUUAUCCAUAUCUGGCCUUGACCUGCCGUUACCAUCAAAACGAAUUAUUGGUAAUAUGGAGCCAGACUUUAUAGCUCAGCGACAAAUAGCACUGCAGAAUUAUCUAAAUAUAGUACUAAUGAAUCCUAUACUAGCAUCUUCACUUCCCAUGAAAAAGUUUUUAGACCCUGAGAAUUAUACCGCACCAUUACAUGAAAUUGCACUGCAACAAGUAUCAUUAGCGUUACGUAGCGAUGCCAAUUUUGAAGUGUGCAAGCCUAUCCCUGAUAUGGGAUGGCGACUGAGAAAACAUUAUUAUACAGUGAAAAAUCGUCAAAAUCCAAAACAAGAACUUUUGCUAGCCUGGGUUGAAUUUGGCCCUGACAAGCAUUUGCAAGAUAAAGAUAUACAAGGGAUUUUCAAAACUCUGGGCACCUUACGACACACUUACAUCGAACCAAUAGUACAUCAACAUGUUACGGACAAUGGGGCACUAACAAUAAGAAAUUUUUAUUCAGUGGGCACAUUGCGUGAUAUUUUAUGCAUUACCAAGCCUAAGCAGCCAUUUAUAAAGAAAUAUGGAAAUCCAAAACAAAUAAAAUCAUUGACAACGCAGGAAAUUGCUACUUACGGUUAUCAGAUAUUAGAGGCUCUAGGAUUUCUUCACGAAAAGGGAUUACCUUAUGGACAUUUACAUACCGGCAAUGUUCUUUUAACUCCAAGAUGCGCUAAAUUAUUGGAUAUAGAAAAUGGGCUUCUAGGACUGCCAGCGUUUUACCGACCUUACGUAGUGCAAAGGCGUAAACUGCAUGCCACGACCCAGGUUGAUGUAUAUUCAUUUGGACAUGUCUUGUACGAAAUGGCAUUCGGACGACCGCUUUUGGAGGCAACAUGUUCGGAGUUGCCGCAUUGCGAAGCAGGUCUAAAAAAUUUAUUGGAGGUCAUCUUAUCACCAGAAGCUCUGAAACAAGACUUGCCGACGGUAGCUCGUCUAUUGGAACAUCCAUUUUUCGAAUCGGCAAAGCGUGCCGCGUUAGCCAUUGGCACCGUGGAGAAGCCGCACUUUAAAUUAAGUAGCCAUCUAAAAGAAGCUUUGCAAGAAGCUGUAAAUAAAGCUGAACAACGAUUGCGUGAUGAACAGAAAGUCGUCCGACAUCAAAAAAGGCUCGUUAAGGUUCAAGAAAUGAUGAGCUCUGAGGAAGAGAUGAAAAAGCGAAAGCACAAAUUGAAGAAAGAACAGAAAUUGGCGCAAGAACAACGUUCCGCAUCGCAGCUGGGUGCAAAUGGAACAAAACAAAUAAACGGUAAGAGUCCAGAGCGUUCAGACAGUCCAACAAGUACUUCCACGGCUACCAGCGUUGGAACGUUGACUCCUCCAUCGCUUCGUUCUGUGGAUGUUCCGCAAGAUGUUGUUCCUGGCAAAGGUGUUCCGCCACCACCUUCGUUACCACCGUCUCAAGCAUCCGGUAGUGCGUCAAACAGUACACCAAAAUCAUCAAAUGACCGUGCUGCUCUACUCGGAAGCAUUUGCAGUUUCGAUAAGACCAGGCUGCGAAGGAUAACGAACGGACACCGUUAGAAGUAUUAGGUAAAUAGAUGAAUAAGCCACGCAGAUUUAUAUAAAUAUAUUUCAAAUCUGAUAACUAUUGUGCAAUGUCGAACAAAGAACUUUGCUUGAUUAGGACAAAUGGCGUACCUGUAGAUUAUCGUAUUGAAUUUAAAGAUUGCCUGGAUAAUAGCUAUAUCGUGCUUCUUGUUGAUUCCUAGUGACACUGAAUAUCAUUUCAUUUCGAUCGCGAUACUUGCAUUGAACGAAUUUUAUGAAAUUUCGAUAUCUUAUUUCUCGAGAUGCUCGCUAUGUAAAGAAAAUUCUAGCUUAAAGCAAUUAUAUUAAGGGUGCGAUGUAUUGAAUUUGUGAUACAUAUAUGAUCGACAUUAAUCCCACUUGGCCUACUCUACGUUUGUAUGAAAUAUAUACUGCAACGCUUGCUUAAUCUAUAUUAGACCGUCCAGGAACGUAUGAGCCUAAACGUAUGAAACAACCAAUCAAAAUACCAAAUGCUUGAAAAAAUUUAUCACUUUUACGAAUCACCUUAAAUCGUAUUCUUCCCAUAUGUGUACACUUUAGAGACUAUUUAAAUUAAUAAUAUAUAAAUAGAAGUAUGUAAUUAUACAACAUCUAGUUUAUGGAACGUACGAGUAAUCAUGCUGGGAGCAAUUUGAAACAUUUUUAGAUUUAUUUUACUUAAUUGUUAUGACUGAUUGACUGUAAAGUGUGUAUAUUCGCGUAUAAUUCGAGAAAUCGCAUUUUCUAGUCGACUGUACCCCCCCUCCCCCCUUCCGAUACAACUAAUAGCAUCAUUGUAAUAUCAAUUUUGUAAUAUAUCUUGUUUAAUGCGGGCCAAGUUUCGCGAUCGAUUUAUUUUAUGCCCAUUAAUCUCAUUAUUAAUCAUGGCUCGUUUUUAUAUUUCCGUGAUGUAUAUAUCAAAUCUGUUUGAAUAUAAAAAGAAGACAAAGAAAAAGGCAGUGAUACAAAGGGGUGAUAGUACGUACACAUAUGUAAAUUUUCUCUCGUUAUAAUUAUCUACUGUUCUGUCUAUUCAAAGUUUAUGAUAUACAUAAUAUAUAUAUAUAUAAAUACACGUAUACACAUAGUUCUCGUUUGUGUUCGCGCGAUACAAUGCGAGGAUCGUAAGCCACUUUUGUAUCGCUUGUAAGACUGGAAUGUCCAGUUUUACGAAUUAAAAACGUGCCAAGGGAUAUGCGAUCUUCGUAUUGGUGAAUAAUAUGAUAGGAGCAGUAGGCCAUAGCGUAAUCUAUUUCUAUAUGUCGAGAACAGUCAUGUGUCCUGUAUAAUCCGUUUGUCUGUGAAUAUAUUAUAACGAAAAUUGUAUAUAUAUAAUAUAUAAUCACAUCUUUUAAUACACUUAUCAUUGUGUUAGACGUAUGUGGCAACAGUUACGAUUCAUCAAAUAUGCUUUCUGGCACAGAAAUGAUGAUAAUAACGUAUAUAAAUAUCGAAAUGGAAAUAGGAUAGUCAUCUAUACUCUUCAGGAUCCAUCGCUAUCUGUUUCCAAAGGGAUUUACAUAUUCAAGGGUGUAAAAGAAUAGCCUCUUGUAAUUUCGCGAAACUUUACAUUCAAUGAAAUUUAUGAUAUUACCAAAGUCUAUUAUUUUAUAUAAGUAUUCUUUUGAAAACAGAUAUUUGACUGAUGAAUGGUAGACGCGAUGGAUGUAGAGAUAUUUACCGGACGCAACAAAAUAUUAUUCUUUUAUGCUUAUAAAUUCUGUUUAUGCGUAUAAUAAAAAAUCUUCAAAAUCCUCGAAUAAUAAAUCACUUUAAGAGUCUUUUGCAAUUAGAAUAAUUUUUAUGUAUACUUUUGAUAUUUUUUUUUGCAGAAAUUUAUGCCUUACACAUUUAUAAGCAGGUAGUGUGCAUAGUACGCAAAAGUUAUAUAAAAACCUUCUGUAUCUUAGAAAAGGGAACAAAUUUUACGUUCACUGAUAAGAGAAUUAUCCAAAUGAAUAAAUGAAACAACCAAGACGGUUUUAUUUCAAACAUGAGAGAUGAUAUUUUAAUACCUAAUACAUAACAUAUUUAACAAGUGUAUAAUAUAAAUUUAUCAUGUUUGAAUAGUCCCAAAAUUUUGAUAGUUGUCCGUGUGUAUAGUAUAAAAGUACGUGUACCAAACGCACGUGAAUCGUGUAUAUAUAUACACACACGCUGAGAAACGUACGGUAUAUAGAUAUGCGAAUGUCAUAAUAUAACAGAUGUUGUAACGACUUCAAUAUAUUGCAAUAAAUAUCCAAAAAACAAUCACGCAUUCAUGGACAAACGAAUACAGUGUAUUUUUCACGAGUGUAUCGAAGUAAUAAAUUCAUUUCCCGUCUA